UGACCAUGCAGUGUCCUAUUCUGGAAUAAAGACUUAUACACACAAACCAGGGAAAGUAGGGAACUCUUCCUUACACAUGCUCAAGGUGUGACUAGUACUUCCUUUGUUUCUAGUAAUAAAGAUUCACACGAAAGCUUCAACGACGUAACAAGUUUGUUGGGGGUUGAGAUAUAGCUACACUAUUACUAUUGAGUAUUGACAUUUUUUCACACAUCCAACUCAUUCUCUCAUUAUAAAUUGUACUACUCCCUUUAUUUGAAUUUCAAACCCAUCAAAUUCUUUCUUAACUCUUAAGUCCACUUCUUCUUCUCUUCUCUCUCUCUCUCUCCAAUGGAGUUCCUCACUUUACUUUAUGGUGCUACAGCAUUGUACUUGUGCUUCCUGAUCUGGAAGUUGUUUGAUCAGAGAAGGGACCGAGAGUGUUACAUAUUGGACUACCAACUCUACAAGCCAAGCGAUGAGAGAAAGCUUGGAACCGAGUGUUGUGGCAAGAUCAUAGGGAGGAACAAGCACUUGGGUCUGAACGAGUACAAGUUCCUCCUCAAAGCCGUUGUCAACUCUGGCAUAGGUGAAGAAACUUAUGCUCCAAGCAACGUCAUCGAGGGUCGUGAGGCAAAUCCAACGUUGCUCGAUGGUGUUACUGAGAUGGAGGAGUUUUUCCACGACAGCAUUGCCAAGCUUCUUGCGAGGUCUGGCAUGUCCCCCUCACAGAUCGAUGUCCUUGUGGUGAAUGUCUCUAUGUUCGCUUGUGUUCCUUCUUUGACUUCCAGGAUCAUCAACCAUUACAAAAUGAGGGAUGACAUAAAGGCUUAUAACCUCACUGGUAUGGGGUGUAGUGCUAGCCUUAUCUCAUUGGACAUCAUAAGAAACGUGUUCAAGUCCCAGAAGAACAAGUGUGCUCUUUUGGUCACUUCUGAAUCUCUGAGUCCAAACUGGUACGAUGGCAACGACAGAUCAAUGAUUCUUGCCAACUGUUUGUUCAGGACUGGGGGUUGUGUCAUACUUUUGACAAACAAAAGGUCCUUGAAGCACAAAGCCAUGUUGAGGUUGAAGUGCUUGGUGAGGACUCAUCAUGGGGCUAGAGAAGACGCUUAUAGUUGCUGCAACCAGAAGGAGGAUGAGCAAGGAAGGCUUGGAUUUUACCUUGCGAAGAAUCUCCCCAAGGCUGCUACAAGAGCCUUUGUUGAGAACUUAAGGGUGUUGUCACCAAAGGUUUUGCCAACUAGGGAGUUGCUGAGGUUUAUGAUUGUGUCCCUCAUAAAAAAACUGAGGCAAAGUAGUUCACUCAAGUCUUCUUCAAGUGGGGGAUCUAACAAAUCUAGUAAGUCUCCUUUGAACUUCAAGACGGGUGUGGAUCACUUUUGCCUCCACACAGGUGGAAAAGCUGUGAUUGAUGGGAUUGGAAUGAGCUUGGAUCUGUGUGAGCAUGAUCUUGAGCCAGCAAGGAUGACACUGCACCGUUUUGGCAACACUUCAGCUAGUAGCCUGUGGUAUGUGCUAGGGUACAUGGAGGCCAAGAAGAGGCUCAACAAAGGUGACAGAGUAUUGAUGAUAAGCUUUGGUGCUGGCUUUAAAUGCAACAGCUGUUUGUGGGAGGUAAUGAAGGAUCUGAAGAAUGCAAAUGUGUGGGAAGACUGCAUUGAUUGCUACCCACCAGACUCCUUGGCCAACCCUUUCUUGGAGAAGUUUGGAUGGAUCAACAAUGUUGAGGAUGCAACCACAUUCAAACUUCCUGAUUUUCUUCUCAAGUAAGGUUAUAUUAAUUAAUUGUGUAUCUCAUUUUAAAUAGGAGAAAAAUGAUGGGGAAAAAAUAGAAGAAAGAAAGAAAAGGCAACUCUACAUUUUAAGCUUCUCCUAACACAGGCAUCAAUGUCACACUAUGCAUCUGUAUUUAUUUUUAUGUAAACUAUAAUUAUUGAUGAAUCCCUCAAGGGUCCAUUACCUAAUAAGUAAGGUGUGUGCAGUUCCUAAUGUGA